AUGGGUGACAAAGGCCAGUACCAGCACCUGCCCAUCCCUACCUAUGAGGAGGCUACUUCUUCUCGUCCGACUUCCUCCCAAUCGAGACUCGGCCCUGAAGAAAUAAGCGAUGAUGCUGAGAGGCAAGGCCUUCUUCGAACCUUCGGAAAUUAUCACCCUCCGACCGUCGAGUCCGCGCGGCCGAGUGUCGAUUCGCUCGAUGGGAUCGAGCAAGAUGGCGAGGACGAGGUGCGCAGAGAGAUGCAACAGAUGGACGUGGAAGACCCUCAGAGCGACUCCUCCCACCGAUCACUGCUUCGAUAUCGCCUAUCCAAGAGUUUCUCGAACCUGACCAACUCAUUCUCCUCCCUAAACCUCCCUUCCGUCCGCCAAUAUCUCUCCAAUAUUUCAUGGCCGCGCAUAAACUAUCAACAGUUUGAUGCAAAUCGCGUUGUCAUUAUCGGGCGGCUCUUUGGUGUUUUCUUGAUCAUGGGUGUUCUCUAUGUACUUAUAGCGUCGGACGUUCUAUCAUUUACAAAGAAUCGCAUGGGCAUGGGCCAGAUAUACGACCCUGAGUCUAUCAGAAUAUUCGUACAGAACCAUAUGAAUGAUCAUGGGCACAUGCAGAAAUAUCUGGAGCACAUCACGGAUUUCCCUCAUAUCGCAGGGACCGAGGGCAAUUAUGUGCUGGGAGAAUGGGUGGCGGAGCUUUUCAAAACGGGUGAAUUGGAGGACGUCGAAAUGGAGAGAUACGAUGUUUAUCUGAAUUAUCCACGGAAAAACGGGAGACGGGUUGCCAUCGUUGAGCCGGAGAACAUGAAAUGGGAGGCUAAAAUCGAGGAAGAUCAAGAGCGGUCUUUGGUGUUUCAUGGUCAUUCAAAGUCGGGCGACGUGACUGGCCCCCUGAUAUAUGCAAAUUUUGGGUCGAGGGAAGAUUUCAAGACGCUCGAGGAUGAAGGCAUAUCUGUGAAGGAUGCUGUUGUGCUUGUUCGCUAUUAUGGCUCCCAGGGAGACAGAGCAUUAAAAGUGAAAGCAGCAGAACUUGCCGGUGCUGCUGGAUGCAUCAUCUAUUCAGAUCCUGCGCAAGACGGCUUUGUUCAAGGGCCGACCUUUCCAAAUGGACGGUUUAUGCCACAAGAUGCUGUCCAGAGGGGCGCUGUCAGUCUAAUGUCUUGGAUUGUGGGAGACGUCCUCACUCCCGGAUGGGCGUCCACGCCCGAUAACAAGAAACAUCUGAAACCGGAAGAGAGCGCCGGUCUCAACAAGAUUCCUUCCAUCCCCAUCUCCUGGGAGGAUGCAAGGCAUUUGCUCGAAGUGCUCAGAGGACACGGCAAGCAGAUGACGGAUAGCUGGCAGGGAGUUCCUGACUUUGAAUAUUGGACGGGAAAUCAGGACUCUCCACAAGUCAAUCUCAAGAAUCUUCAAGAUGAAGAACAGAAGCAGCCCAUCUACAAUGUGCUGGGCAAGAUUACAGGCUGGGAGCAGCCUGAGAAGAAGAUUGUGGUCGGCAACCACCGCGACGCAUGGUGUACUGGCGCAGCCGACCCCGGCAGCGGCACCGCCGUCAUGCUCGAAGUCGUGCGCAUCUUUGGCGAACUGCGUCGACUAGGCUGGCGACCACUCCGCACGAUUGAAUUUGCCAGUUGGGAUGGGGAGGAGUACAAUCUGAUCGGCAGCACCGAGUAUGUCGAGAACCGGGAGAAUCAAUUGCGCGACGACGGAAUAGCCUACCUCAAUGUCGACGUCGGAGUCACAGGAGUUGAUUUCCACGCCGCCGCCUCUCCUCUUUAUGAGCGGCCCCUUCUCCAUGUAAUCAACCGCGUCAGUGACCCCUCCACAGGCAAAUCUAUCCGCGAACUCUGGGAGUCGGGUAGCCGCAGCAUUGAGGGCCUCGGCGCAGGAAGCGACUUUGUCGCCUUUCAAGAUAUCGUCGGCACCUCUUCCAUCGACAUGUUCUUCAAGGGCGCCAAAUUCCCCUAUCACUCCUGCUAUGAUAACUUCGAGUGGAUGGCCAAAUUCGGUGAUCCAGACUGGACAUAUCACAAGGCCAUGGGUGAAAUUUGGGCUCUCCUCAUCCUGGAGUUGGCUGACAGACCGCUCCUCCCGUUUGACAUCAGCGCCUACGCGAGAGCUAUUGCGAGAUAUGUCGAUGACCUUGACGUGUAUGCAAAAGCUGCACCUCCUGCAUCCCACACAAAUACCCUUGAUCUGUCCCCUUUGCGGAAGGCGUCAGACAUUCUCACUCAGGAGGCUCUGCGCUUCCACAGCUUCGAUGCAUCCUGGCGUGACUUCAUCUUCGGUUCUGGGGGUUUCGAAUCCUCAGCAAUGGGCACCGCCCGCUUAGAGCACAACAAUCGUCUCACACAUUUCGAGACGGAUCUUCUCGACCUUGGCGAGGGUGGUGGAUUGGUUAACAGAACCCAAUUUAAGCACGUCAUAUUUGCACCACAGUUAUGGAGUGGAUACGACGACGCCACGUUCCCUGGUGUGAGGGAUGCCAUUGACAUGGGUAACUGGGAGGCAGCUCAAAGGGAGGUGGAGAAAGUGGCGCGCAUUUUGGAACAGGCAGCAGGGAAGCUGAACGCAUGA